AUGCUCACCACCAGAUGCCUCUCACGCGCCACCAUUCGAGCUCCGCAUGCGCCGCGAACAUGUAGGAACAUUGCGACAAGACCGCAAGGUCCACGCGUACGAGCAGCGGCACAUCCGUAUGCUCAGCGGCGACAGCAGCAUUUCGUCCGCUCGGUGUCCACCGUCACUGCGCUCUGGGCCACUGCCUCAGCAUACCAAUAUGUCAAUGGCAAUGUGGUUGGCGAGGUGCACGCCGAAGAGCAGAAGGAUGAAGAGGAGGUCAUGAAGUUUGAAGCUCCUAGGCGGAAGACGAAGUCAACAGACGACAACAGAAACAUCAUCAGCUCACAGCACUUGCAGGUGCAGAGGAGCUGGGAGAAUCCUGGAGUGUACGCUUGGGGCUCAAACGCAGGAAAGACAGUGGCACCAGACUCGGAUGAGAAGUACAUCAAGACACCGCGGCGCAUAAAGUUCUUUGACGGCAAGCUGCUACGGGCUAUCAAGCUGGACAGGAACUUUGGCGCAGCUAUCGACGAGAAGGGCGACCUGCUGCAGUGGGGAACAGACUUCUCGAAAGAGGCAAAGGAGCCCACACCAACACUACGUGGCAAGAACCUUACCUCGCUAGCCAUCUCACGCGACCGCAUCAUCGCCCUCUCCUCCAAUGGCUCCGUGUACUCGAUACCAGUCUCGCAGACGGAACAGCAGGAAGGCCCAAAGCCAGCGUCCACAUCCUGGAUCUCCUUCUGGGGUGGUUCGAACGACGUCUCCUACCGCACACGUACGCCUGAGAACCUGGCCUGGAGCGAGAAGGUUGUCGACGUCAAGUCUGGUCUCGAGCACGCCCUUCUGCUCACCUCCGCUGGACGAGUGUUCUCGUUUGCUUCGGGUACACAAAACUUUCCCAGCAAAGGUCAGCUUGGCAUCCCUGGUCUGACCUGGGAGUCGAGGCCUAAGGGUCCGAUGGAUAUACCGCACGAGAUCACAACACUCAAGGGCUUCCCCAUCUCCAAGAUCGCAACCGGCGACUACCACAGCCUGGUAUGCGACUCAGCAGGCCGCGCUUUCUCCUUCGGCGACAACACCUCUGGCCAACUCGGUUUCCCUUUCAACUCUGAAGCGCCUCACGUCGACGCGCCCUCUCUCCUCCCCACACAGAAGCUCUACGCCGGCACUGCCCAGCAAGGCAAGGUCACCAACGUCUUCGCCGGCGGCAACACCUCUUACCUGACCGCGGAGGCUAGCAAGCCCAACGAGUCCCGCAUCACAGCCGACACUUUUGCCUUCGGCCACGGCCUGACUGGCCAACUCGGUGUCGGCCGCUGGAUCCACACACAACCCGACCCUACUAGAAUCCCCACCUUCUCGGGCCUCUUCGAGUGGGACGAGACCGCCAACACCGUCAUACCCAUCAAGCUGCACAACAUCUCUGUCGGCUCGACACACGCCGCAGCCAUCAUGGACAACGUUGCUUCUGUCGUCACGGCAACCAAGUCAAGAAAGCUGACAGAGAACGACACGAACUGGGGCCGCGACAUCCUGUUCUGGGGUAACAACGAGUUCUACCAGAUCGGCAGCGGCAAGAGGAGCAAUGUGGCUACGCCGACGUAUAUCCAGCCGCUCGAUCAACAGGCGGAGAACGAGCGCGCGGCGAGUGCGAGUAUGGUGGGUAAGCUGAGGGAGAAGGAGAUGCACAGGUUCCAGAUUAGCCCGAGGGCGAAGGUCAAGGUCAAUGGGCGCACUGUUGAGAUUGAGCAGAAGGUUGAGUGCGGACGGGGUGUUACUGCUGUAUACUCUGCUGUCUAA